AGCGCCGGGACGCUUCAUCAUUUCGACGACGUACAGCGUCUUGUAGUGAGUGUAGUGUAGAUUUGAUAUAUUUCUAAUAAUUUUUAUACAGAGUCGUAGGCUUAAGUAAAAUGUCUCGAAAGACCAUCCUCAGUAGGCCCCGCACCCGCCUCUACGACGCCAACUACAACAUCGGCGAAAGCUACUACAAACCGGCCCUGGACAGAUUGGAUAGGAAGUACUCGGGCAGGCCCCUGUCUCCCCCACCGCGAAAUUCCUUCGGUGACAUAGCCGACCGUCACGCCAGGAUCUUCGCCGACGAGGACCUGGACAUCUCCCGGAGGCGUGCGGAGAAGCACAUCAAAGACGAGAACCUCUUCGACUCUCGUGGAGCUCGCAUCGGCCAGAGGGCUGCCAUCGAAAACUUCGAGAACGAUGUAAACGACGAGACCUCAGCGACACUAAAGCGCAUCCGGGCCAGCAAAAAGGUCUCGAUGAUCGACGACGUCGACCUCGACGGCAUCUCCAACAACCUGAAAUCCCACAGACUCCUCGACCGCUCGGAGAAGAUCCUGGACAGCGUCGGUCUCAACGACAGCCCCAGAAGGGCCAUAGAGAACGGCACCUCCUCCUACAAGCGCAAAGCCCUCAAGGUCACCUUCGACGGAGACGCGAACGAUGAGUUGGACAAGUGGACGCCCAUCGAGAACGUCAGAGCUGUGAAGGCUAGGCAACAGGAACAAGUCACUUCGGUCAGGGCCAGGAGAGAAGACGCCUCGGCUUCCAUCAGAUCAGACACCUCGGCAGCCAUGAGGGCGAGACAGACGAAGGAGAGGAUCACCGACAUAGAGGACGAGAUGGCGGCUAUGGCGGAGAAGCAGGCUGCCAGAGAGGCUCGAGUGGCGAGACUGAGGGCGCUGGUGGCCGAGACAGAGCAGGAGUCAGAAGCUUUCGAGGUGGCCCAAGCGGCGAUAGAAAGAAGGAGCGCCCGUAGGGAAAAACUCCAGGAUUAGGAUGGGUGGGCGGUCUUGGUUUUAGUUAAGUUGGGGAAUUUGAGAUUUUCUACUUGUAAUUUUCGUACUCUGCAUUUUCUUAUGUCCGCUUCGAUGUAUAUAAUGUAAUUAUGGUCUUAAAUAAAGAAUUAUGUAUUGA